CAAGUUGACAGAAAUGCAGUGAAUAUUCUAUCAGUGAAAGCCCUUCCUGGGCUAGAGUGCUAAAACACUGCAUAUUCCAUCUUCUUUUGGGGUCCGGUCUUUUCCGCAGUGGCGUGUAACACAGUCACUGGCCACUUUGGCUGGUUGAAUUUUAUAUUUAAUAUAGGUCUAUAAAUUUUUCAUUUGUAGUCUUUUAAAAAUGCAUUUGAAAUAAUAAACAAAGUAUAAUAGUGUUGUCAAAAACAUAUUUUUGAUAUCUGAAAUGCUUCUAAUACUCGUUUCCCGCAGAACAGAUACACAAUACCAGCUGCACUUUCUUGCUCUCAUCUCUCCGACCCACUUGAUUCAUUGCUCCGGAUGAAGAUUGUUGGUGCUAAUUUCAGCAUAUGUUGCGCAGAUUACACUUAAAUUGACUUAUUCCCACAGGUUUUGUACUCACACCCAAAGUGCAUGUACAGUAUAAUGGGUCCAUGCAUCAGGUCUUAACGUUACAGCAGCCCUAAUAUAGCCUAUCUGGCUGCCAAAUUAUGGAGAUAUUGGAAUCAUAAGAUAAUAACAGAAAUUAAUCGAUCAAAAAAUUGCUUAAACUGAACAAUGACUUUCUUCUAGAGGUUCUGUACAGCCAAAACAAUCUUUGUUGCAUUAAUUUCUUAUUAUUACUGUAAAGCUGCUUUGAAACAAUCCAUAUUGUAAAAAACACUAUGUAAAUGAAGGUAACUUGACUUAAGUUGACAUACUUGCUCUUGGUUUCGAUGCCUUAAAUGUGUUAAUAUCUUGAUGUCUGUUUUUAUGUGCCAUUAAACUGGGGUUAACUUGUAUUUGUCCCUUAUAGAUCUGAUGGCACUGAAAGUGGAGAAUGAAGAACUAAUUGAAAUGAAAGAGAAAGAUUGUUAUGGGAAACAUUAUAUCAUAAGGAGAAAAAUCUUUUAGUUGCUCACAGACUGAAAGCAUUUCCUCAGAAAAAAUCACUCAAAAGACUUCAAAGAGUUUAACUGGAAAACGACACAUGAAAGUUCACAACGGAGCAAAGUCAAUUAGAUGUAAUCAGUGUGGAAAGAGUUUCACAAAAAAAUCACAGCCUUAAAAGGCAUGUAAAAAUUCACACUGGAGAGAAGCCUUUCACCUGCCAGCAGUGUGGAAAGAGCUUCAAGGAUAAAGGACACCUUAAAGGCCACAUGAGGACUCACACUGGAGAGAAGUCUUAUACCUGCCAACAGUGUGGAAAGAGCUUUACUGCAAAUGGACAUCUUACAGUCCACAUGAGAAUUCACACUGGAGAGAAACCUUUCACCUGCCAACAGUGUGGAAAGAGCUUUGCUGAAAAAGGACACCUUAGAUCCCACAUGAGUAUUCACUCUGGAGAGAAGCCUUACACCUGCAAACUGUGUGGAAAGAACUUCACUGAUAAAGGAAACCUUCAAGUCCACAUGAGAAUUCACACUGGAGAGAAGGCGUUCACAUGUGAUCAGUGUGGAAAGAGUUUCCACAUGAGAAUUCACACUGGAGAGGAGCUUUUCAGCUGCCAACAGUGUGGAAAGAGCUUCACUCAAAAAGGAAACCUCAAAGUCCAUGUGAAAAAUCACAAUGGAGAGAAGCCUUUCACCUGA